UACAAAGUGAGCAAGGAUGUCAAUUAUCACAGUUCAGCUUGGUCAGUGUGGUAAUCAAAUUGGGCAUGAGCUGUUUAACGCUAUCUGCAGUGAUGUCCAUGGCAAGCAUGGAUUGUGUUCCAAGAAGGAGAAUGAAUCCUACCAGGAUGCUUGCAAAGAACGCUUCUUCAGUGAGGAGAAAGCUGGAGUACCUGUUGCCCGGGCUGUGCUUGUUGACAUGGAACCCAAAGUAAUCAGCCAAACCUUAGCAGUAGCUGCCAGGUCUGGCUACUGGAAGUACGAUAAUCGGUCGCAGUUUUGCCAGAAACAGGGCUCUGGGAACAACUGGGCAAAUGGUUACUCUGUUCACGGGCCUAAACACAAAGAUGUGAUCAUGAAUCUGGUACAAAAAGAAGCAGAGAAAUGCGACCGGCUCAGUGGAUUUGUUACAAUAAUGAGCAUGGCUGGUGGGACAGGAUCUGGCCUGGGAGCAUUUGUGACCCAGUGUUUAAGGGAUGCUUUUCCAGCCUCAUUUAUACUAAACCAUGUUAUCUGGCCAUAUGGAACUGGUGAGGUCAUCGUUCAAAACUACAACUCCAUUCUGACUCUGUCACAUCUGUACCGCUCAUCAGAUGCCCUUCUUGUUCAUGAAAAUGAUGUUGUUCACAAGAUUUGUGCUCAACUCCUGAAUAUUAAACAGAUCUCUUUCAGGGAUGUAAAUCAAGUCAUUGCACAUCAGCUGGGAAGUGUUUUCCAGCCCGUUUACACAGCAGAAAGUGCCUUACACUAUAGCAGAAGCCCAUUAGGGGACUUAAUGGAGACCUUAGUUCCACAUCCUGAAUUCAAGAUGUUGGGUCUUCGUAACAUACCUCAGAUGCCUGAAAACUCCCUAGCAUACAGCACAUUCAGUUGGCCUGGGCUCAUUAAACAUUUAAGACAGAUGCUCAUUGCUAAUGCUACAAUGGAGGAAGGUAUCAAUUGGCAGGUAAGACCACCAUGUCCAGGCUCCUCCAUCCCCUCCAGACAUUCCACAAGCAAACCACUGCAUUUCAAUACUUCCAUUGCCAACCUGGUUAUCCUGCGAGGAAAAGAUACGCAAAGUGCAGACAUAGGAAGUUUCCAAGAUCCAGCACUAUAUACAUCGUGGCUAAACCCCCAGGACGCUUUUAACCUGUGGAAAACACCACGAGCAUUUAAGCUGAAACCUCUUGACAAGCUUGUAGGAAAAGCUUGGAAUAUGUUCGCUUCCAAAGCCUAUAUUCACCAGUACAUUAAAUAUGGGAUCGAAGAGGACGACUUCCUGGACAGCUUCACGGCUCUGGAACAGGUCAUCUCCAGUUAUACCACGCUGUGA